AUGGCUGAUACAGGCGAAGAGCCUCAUCACGUUUCGGAGCCUCUCGACCUUGUUCGACUCCUUCUCAACGAGGUUGUCUUUGUCAAACUUCGAGGAGACCGUGAGCUCAAGGGAAAGCUACACGCUUACGACAGCCACUGCAAUCUGGUGUUGGGAGAAGUCGAGGAGACCAUCUACACUGUGGAUGACGACGAUGACGACGAAGAACUCAAGACUAUCAGCCGGAAAUCUGAGAUGCUGUUCGUGAGAGGCGAUAGUGUUGUCCUUAUCUCACCUGGGGUUCCGUUCUAG